AAGAAGGUCCGUUGUUUACCAUGGCGACGGGGACGCUACCGUCUGUUGUUAGCAGAUACAAAGUGCCUAUUAUAACAUUAUUUCUGUCUGUAUACAUAGAUAUUUUUGAUUGCCAGCAGUUUGUCAUUACUUUCAAGUCUCCUUCAGACUGUAGUGGGGACACAUUUUUCGAUAUCUCAAGUCUCUCGUGUGUGAGCUGCGGUUCAAAUCAGCUCCGGAGCACAACAGGACUGAGCUGCAUUUGCAAAACUGGUUACCAAACUCUCAUAACCGACAAGACAUCCAUCACAUGUCAGCAAUGUCCCACUGACAAACCUGCAGUAAUUACAGAUGGGUUUGGGUGUGUCCGCUGUCCCGGCAGUCUCAGUGAUGAGGGGAAGUGCCAGUGCCCACCAGGCAAUAUCCUGGUGGAGAGAGAUACCAAUGGAAACCUUCUGGAUGAGGCCAGGUGUGAAAUAUGUAAUGGAAAUACCCCUGGUUUGACUGUGCCAAACUACAGUGGAGACAAGUGUGAGAGAUGUCAGGAUUCCUUCAUUAACUCCUCCUGUGUGUGUAACCCUCCUAAUGUCCUGGCAGGAGGUCUAUGUAUCCCUUCAGGCAGCCUCUCCACUAAUGUGAAUCCCAGUGUUAACUAUGCUCAGCUGAAGUUCAGUGUCCAGUCUGCCUGGUUUGUCAAAAACCUGUACUCCUCGUCAGCAGCCUGCCUUGUAUUCUCCAACUUGACGGCAUGUCAGGCUCUUGGGAACAUGUGUGUGAUGAACAUGCAUUCCUUCAGCAGCGUCUCCACCGACGCCUGCGGCCUCUUUAACACCAUCUUCAGAUCUCGGGCUGCUUUAAGCUCAACUCAAGACAUCUCUUACUGGAGAGUUAAUCUGCCGUGGCUUUACUACGGGGACGAACCUGGGCUGGCAGGUCGAGUGCUUCAGACCGAUCCUGUUCCCAUUAAGUUCAGUUUCAGAGGAAGAAACAAGAACACGGACAUUAGGCUGCUUGCUGCUGUGUAUAAUGUCAGAGGAGAGUUCCUCAGAUGGGAACAAGUAGGAGCAGGUAAUCUCCAGCUUUGUCCAGGAACAACUUCCAGACAGUCUGCAGCCUUCAGCUUUGGCACUGCUUACCAAGAGAGUUGUGAUCUCUCAGUAGCACACUUGUUGGACGCCCACCCGGAGCCGUUGUUCUAUGAUGUGUUUUUGGAUCUUGGUGGAGGCGAGAACAGAAAACUUCUCCCCCUGCCUACACUGGUCUAUAACCAGCAAUACAAUGGGCGCCUAAUCAACGAAGAGAGCAUGAAGAAUUGGUACCUGUCUCGACGCGUGUUUGUUGUCGAUACGCUGAGUGGAAGAGAGAAGAGCACCAGUUCCCUGCCCAAAGUCAUCCGUGUAGUCAGCAGUGUCAAAAUAAGGUUCCAGCUGGUUCCCCGAACCCAGGACGGACAGGUUUUCCCCCCUCUGAUGACUGUGACCUACAGAGAUGUUCCAAUCACAGAUAUCAAUACACAAACUGUGACUACAACUUUUGCUGUGGAGUAUGAGAUGGAUCAGAAUGAGGCUCGCAUAAAGACAGAUACCGCUAUCGGUGUGAUGGCUGGUGUGGCCCUUAUCUACUCUCUGCUGAAGACAGUUAGCUGGAAGAGGAGGAUCGCCUCUCCGCUCAUUGAUGCAGAGACUCUGCUUAAGUUUUUGAUUUUUUAUGCCGGAGAUCUGGCCAAUGUUUUCUUUGCCGUCACCGUGGGGACCGGGCUUUACUGGCUCAUCUUUUACAAGACGUUAAAGGCUCAACAGUUUGUAUCAGUGCUCUUACCACUACCUGCUCAGGAGGAACAGUUUGUGACCUACGUUGGUUGUGCCUUUGCUCUCAAGGCUGUCCAGUUUCUCCACAAGCUGUUCAUGCAGGUGUCCAUUGAUGUUUUCUUUAUUGACUGGGAGAGGCCACGAUGCAAAGCUAACAGAACUGUUCAAGCUGCUGGUGAGCCGAAACGUGACCCCUCUCCUGUCAGCAUCUGGAGGACCUACUUUGUGGCCAAUGAAUGGAACGAGAUCCAGACCAUCCGCAAGAUCAGCCCCACUUUUCAGAUCAUGGCCGUGCUCUUCUUUCUUGAAGUGCUAGGGUUCUCCAACCUCGCCCUGAGGGACCCCUGGCCAAUUUUACAGCGCUCCUCUCAGGAGUACACCCCCUCAUACAGCAUCAUACUGCGCUACGGUCUGUCCUCCACACUGUGGCUCUGCAUCGGAUUUCUGCAGGUAAAACGUCCACCAGUCAUUCUCCUCUCUUUUCUGUCACUUGCCCUUUGAUUUCUCACCUCUGCUUGUCUUUCUUAAGAAUUGAGGGGAGUACUGUAAACCAGAGGUGGGGGACUCGAGUCGCAUAUUUUUGUACUUGAGACUUGCUUGACUAACAUUGAUAAAAGA